AUGUCGCUACUUCAAAAGCCGAUGAAGCAAUACCCUUGGCUUCCAUGGUCCAUUCGUAACAUCUAUGACUGGCUCCAUUACUCUGAGCCCACCUGGGGCUACACAAUCUACCGGACGACCUACACUCCCCAAUCUAAUGCUGCUUUCCCACGUAUGGUCGACCUCACCACAAAGUACAUGAAGAACGGAUUCUACGGGGAAUACGAAUCUUCCCUUCGCGAAAGAUCCAAUGCAAAUGAGUUCAACAUCACUCCCUGGGAUGAAAUGUGGCCCAAUUACCAGCCACGGGUCAUUGAAGAUGCUUCCCAGUUCGACGGAGUAUCGAUCGACCAGCUCCGCGAGCAUUUCAGGGCCGACGCAAUUGAGCGUGGUGUGCUCGAUGUAUUUCCUGGGUAUCGCAUGUUUAUUGUCAUUGACGAAGAAAGUUUCCAAACGUUACAAAACGCUCCCCUUCCAGAGAACUCGAAAUACGAAGAGAAGAGACGUCAUUAUGUGAAACUCAUCGAGGCGUUGGAGAUAGAUCCAUAUGAGGAUUUUCCAGGGUGGAUGAAGUGUUCCCUGUCCUCGUUGUUCGAGGUGUGGUCGGAUAUGCAGGACACGGCUUAUAUGAAGGACAGUUAUUCGAUGAGACCCGACGGUACUGAUGUUUUGUGA